AUGCGAUGGUCAUUUAAGCAAUGCCUGGCUUGGCUUGUCCUUUCAACCAUUUUAAUCUCCAUCAAAACUUCCGUUAGCACUGAUAUCAUUACACAAUCAGGAGGCAGUGAUGAUGAGCAUGAAUCUCUGAGAUCUAGGCAUUCUAGAGGGCCUGGGCCGCCGAGGGAAGAAACAGUUCCUCCCCCGGCUCAUAGAGACCCAAAUUCGGGCGGAAAAGAUCCUCCUGCCGAUGAAAAUCCUCCACGAGUUACAUUCUCAUCUGAUAGAGUUAAAUCUAAAUCUGCUUUAAAGGGUAUGUUCAACUACUUGUUUGGGCUAGACUAUCCAUAUCACCAAUUCACGCCACCCAAGGAAGAAGAACCCAUAGAUUUCCCCGAGGGUACGUAUAGCGACGUUAAAGAUGACCUCGACGCUUUGAAUUUAGCUGAUAUUGACGACGAAAAGCUAAACAAGCUGUUGCACGACGUUUUGUUAGAUUACCAUCCCGGCCAUUUCACGAGAUAUAAUGCCGAAUGGGGACAUACAGUCCUCACGAAGGAUGGCCAAAUCCCUCUAGGCGGAGACCACAUCCACUUUGAUAUAUUUGACGGGUACCUUCCUCGUGGCUUGAAGUUUAACGACCUUAGGGUGUUGUUCCUAUACACCGUUGACGACAACUAUUGCCUGUACAAGGUGAAGUUUGGUGAUAUGGUAGUUACUCUACGCCCCGAUCUGGAAAACGUAACAGUUCAUCUGUUCGAGAGCUACGGAGGUCUUAUCAUCAUUAGGAUCCUCUUCUUCGUCAAAGGAAUGUUUGAAAAACAUGAGUAUAUUGAAACUGGGCGCAAAACAAGGAUGUUCAAGAAAAUGUCAGGGAGAAGUAUCACUCCUCCCAUGCCUAAGUUCAGUACUAAGAAAGAAGUGACUGAAGAAAUGAUCCUUGACUGGAUGAGAGAAAGAUAUAAGGACAUAGCCAAGGAUAAUCCAUCCAUUGUUGAAGAAUUGAUAAAUUAUAAAGUUGUUUUUAUGCGAUAA